AUGCAAAAGAUGGAUGGAGUUUCUAUGAAUAAUGGUGCUGUCAUAGUUAGACAUUCAUUUACUGAACAAGAUAUUCAGGUUGAUAAUGUGCAGCAUGAGAACUCAGCACAAAAUCAGUCAAAUGCAGUAGAAUCUACCAAUAUUACUAAGAAAAUAAAGAAGUUGCCAAUGACUCCAUCAUCUUUGGAACAUUCAUGUUGGUCAAGACAUCGAACUGCAACAGCUGUGGGUACAUUUGCUUUCUUCACAAUACUAGCAAUCGCUACAAGUAUAUUAAUAGUCUGUCUGACUUCACCAAAAACAAGAGUUCAACACUGUGAACUGAAGUUUAUACAAACUCUUCAAAAUCCAGUUGAAUACAAUUUUGGCCCUAGAUCUGUUGCAGUUGGUAAUUUCAACAAUGACGAGUUGGUAGAUAUUGUUGUUGCCAAUCAUCUCGUUAAUAGUAUUUCUGUAUUCCUUGGAUAUAACAACGGUGGUUUUGGAAGCAACAUGACGUAUUCGACCGGUUUAAAUUCUGCUCCAUACAUGGUAGCGAUCGGCGAUUUUAACAACGAUCAUCACACGGAUAUUGCUGUCGCAUAUUUCGGUACUAACAGCAUCGGUGUAUUUUUUGGACUGGGAAACGGUUCUUUUACUAAUACAACAGUAAUCUCAACUGGUUCAUCUCGUCCAGUCUGGAUAUAUGUAACUGAUCUGGAUAAUGACACAUCACAAGAUAUUAUUGUUGCUAAUUAUGGAACUGAUAGUAUUAGCAUAUUUUAUGGAUCUGGAGAUGGACGUUUCGCAUAUCCGGUCACAUAUUCAACCGGCUACGAUUCUUCACCAUUCUCGGUCAUCAGUGCAGACUUUAACAAUGAUAAUCAUUUAGAUCUUUCUAUUGCCAACUAUGGUACAAAUAAUAUAGCUAUAUUUAUUGCAAAUGGCAACAGAACCUUUUUACAUCAACAAGUAUUUUCUACUGGAAUUAAUUCACAUCCAUAUUCACUCAUUGCUGGUUAUUUUAAUGAUGACAGUCUAUUAGAUAUUGCUGUUGCAAAUUAUGGAACUAACAAUGUCGGCGUACUUCUGGGUACCACCAACGGCAUUUUUACGAGUCAAACAAUAUAUUCACUUGAUACUUCUUCGCCAUAUUCUAUUGAUCUUGGCGAUUUCAACAACGACAACCGACUUGAUUUAGUCGUCAGUAAUAAAGGUACUGAUAACAUAGGUGUUUUGCUGACACUUGCCAAUGGCACUUUCUCUAAACCAACAAUGUAUUCAACUGGUUCUGUUUCUUCAAUCUCAGUUGCUGUAGCUUAUUUCAAUAAAGAUAAUCUACUAGAUGUUAUCCUCAUCAGUGAUGAUACCGGCAGUAUAGGUAUUCUCUAUGGUUAUUAUGAAGGCUUUAAGACACAAACCAAUUAUUCAACUGGCUCUAAGCCAUCUUCUGUAGCUGUUGGUGAUUUCAACAAUGACACUCGACUGGAUAUCAUCGUUGCUAAUGAAGAAGAUGGCACUGUAGGUGUGCUUCUUGGAUAUGGUUAUGAUUCUUUGAAAAAUCAAACUACAUAUUCAACUGGAUCUAAGCCAUCGUCUGUAGCUGUUGGUGAUUUCAACAAUGACACUCGACUGGAUAUCGUUGUUGCUAAUGGAGUUGUUGGUGAUUUCAAUAAUGACACUCGGCUGAAUAUCGUCGUUGCUAAUUUUUAUGACAACACUGUAAGUGUACUUCGCGGAUAUGGCAAUGGCUCUUUUGCAAAUCAAAUUGAAUAUUCAAUUGGCUCUUAUCCAUCUUCUGUAGCUGUUAGUGAUUUUAACAAUGACACUCGACUGGAUAUCAUCGUUGCUAAUGUAAAUGACAACAAUGUACGUGUGCUUUUCGGAUAUGGCUCUGUUUCUUUUGGAAAUCAAACUACGUAUUCAGUUGGCUCUUAUCCAUCUUCUGUGGCUGUUGGUGAUUUCAACAAUGACACUCGGCUGGACAUCGUUGUUGCUAAUAGUGGUGACAACACUGUAACUGUAUUGUUUUCUCAUAGCAAAGGAUUUUUAGUAAACGAAAUAACAUUUGCAUCUGGAGGUGGUUCUCGUCUACGAUAUGUUGCUGUCGAUGAUUUUAACAAUGAUACGGUGUUAGAUCUUGUUGUCGUUAAUUAUGGCACCAAUGAUAUAGAUGUACUUCUGGGAAAUGAUAAUGGAUCAUUUUUAGAGCACAAAACGUUUCCAACAGGUUCAAAUCCAGAUUCACUUGCCAUAGGUGAUUUCAAUAGUGAUGGUCAACACGAUUUUGCUGUUGCUAAUUAUGGUAGUAAAAACAUUGAUAUACUUGUUGGAAAUGGAAAGGGAACAUUUACACGUCAAUUAACUACUGGAUCUAACAUGGCUUUCGCUCCUGUAGUUGUCACUACUGGUGAUUUCAACAAUGACGGACAAUCAGAAAUUCUUGUCGCAUAUGACAAUACUGAUAAUAUAGAUAUAUUUGUUACAUUUGAUACUGGCGCUUUUAGAAAUCAACUUACGUAUCCAGCUGGUAGUUCUCCAUGGUCUGUAGCUGUCGGUGAUUUCAACAAUGAUACUCAGCUGGAUAUCAUCGUUGCCAAUCAGAAUGACAACACUGUAAGUGUACUUCUCGGAUAUGGCAAUGGUUCUUUUACGAAUCAAACUACGUAUGCAACUGGCUCCUAUCCAAUUUCUAUAGCUAUUGGUGAUUUUAACAAUGACACUCAAUUGGAUAUCGUCGUUGCCAAUGAGGAUGACAAUACUGUCAGUGUACUUCUUGGAUAUGGCAAUGGUUCUUUUGCGAAUUCAACUACGUAUUCAACUGGCUCUCUGCCAGUUUCUGUAGCUGUUGGUGAUUUCAACAAUGACACUCGACUGGAUCUCGUUGUUACUAAUGGAGGUGACAGCACUGUAAGUGUACUUCUCGGAUAUGGUAAUGGUUCUUUUGCAAAUCAAACUACGUGUGCAACUGGCUCGGAACCAUUUCGUUUAGCUGUUGGUGAUUUCAAUAAUGACACUCGACUGGAUAUCGUCGUUUCUAAUUCUAUUGACAACGCAAUAAGUGUACUUCUUGGAUAUGGCAAUGGUUCUUUUACAAAUCAAGUUAGAUAUUCAACUGGCUCUUGGCCAGUUUCUGUGGUUGUUGGUGAUUUUAACAAUGACACUCUACUGGAUAUCGUCGUUUCUAAUGGAAAUGACACAACUGUAAGUAUACUACUUGGAUAUGGCAAUGGUUCGUUUACAAAUCAAACUACGUAUUCAACUGGCUCUCAGCCAUACUCUGUAGCUGUUGGUGAUUUCAAUAAUGACACUCGGCUGGAUAUCGUCGUUGCUAAUUUUGGUGACAACACUGUCAGUGUACUUCUCGGAUAUGGUAAUGGUUCUUUUUCAAACCAAACUACGUAUUCAACUGGCUAUGGUCCAUUUUCUGUAGCAGUUGGUGAUUUCAACGAUGACACUCGAUUGGAUAUUGUGGUUACUAAUUUUGAUGGAGACACUAUAGGUAUAUUUCUUGGUUACUUAAAUAAGGAUUUUCAGUUUCAAACGACACUGAUAACUGGUAAGAGGUCUGUUCCGCGAUCAUUAAUCGUUGUUGAUUUUAACAAUGACACUUAUAUGGAUAUUGUUGUCACAAAUUCAGGCACUAAUAGUAUUGGUAUUUUUCUUGGAUUUGGCAAUAUCUCUUUUUCAAAUCAAAUAACAUUUGCAACUGGCUCUGGUCCAUGGUCUUUAGCUGCUGCUGAUUUAAACAAUGAUAGCCAAUUAGAUAUUAUUGUCAGUAAUAUUAAUGAUAGUAACAUCAGUGUUUUUCUCGGUUUUGGUAAUGGAUCUUUUGCAAAUCAAAUAACAUAUUCAACUGGAAUUAAUGCUGAACCUUACUCAGUUGCCAUUGGUGAUUUUAAUAAUGACGCCAUAUUAGAUGUUAUUGUCGCUAAUUAUCGUGCUAGCAAUGUAGUUAUAUUGUUUGGAUCUGGUGGUGGUAGAUUUACAGAUUCAAAAGUAUAUUGGGUUAGUUAUGGAUCUUUUCCAUUUUCUGUUGUUGUUGGCGAUUUCAACAAUGACAAAAAACUCGAUUUUGCGGUUGCUAACUAUGGUGAUGACAAUUUAAAGAUUUUAUUACAGACUUGUUAA